AUGGAUUCGGCCAACACUAGUGGCAGUUUGCAAUCUUCAAGCGGUGCCGACGAAGAGUACGAUUCACGCGCCCAAUCAUCCUCACUCUCUGCCUUCUUAAACAACCAACAACCACCCACACAAGCUGCGUCCUUCAACACUACCACUGCCAAUAACCUCCACACACUCAUCCCACCACACCCCCACCAAAAUACCCACAUGUUCGACCCUUUAUCGAGUUACCUGGAUCCAGUUACUCAGAACUCAACAUCACUUCUAAACCUUGAGGUGAUGUGGUCCAAACCAGGUAGAUCCGAACCAAACCAAACCAGUCUUGUUAACUUGAUACCUUGCUCGUCAUCGUCACCCUCGCCACAUAACCAAGCUUUUAUGUCAAGUCAAACAAGGGGCAACAAUAGUGGUGCUUUUCAUACCUUGCCUCCAGAAAGUGGUUCCCGAGGACUAAUGCUUUCAGUGUCAGCCGCCAACAAUGAUCAAAUUCAAACCCACGGCACCACCAACAGCAGUAACAACAACGUGGUUCGAAACCCAAAGAAACGGUCACGAGCCUCUAGGCGUGCACCUACCACUGUGCUAACCACAGACACCACCAAUUUCCGAGCCAUGGUUCAGGAAUUCACAGGCAUCCCGGCACCAUCCUUCGGAUCAUCGCCUUUCCCGAGAACCAGGUUGGAUCUCUUUGCUUCCGCCACAACACCUAUUUUGAGAUCCAACGUUAACAUCAACCCUUUGGACCCUCCAACGCCGCCUCCUUAUCUUCUUCGCCCCUUUGCACAAAAACUCCACCUUCGAAGCCUUCACUCAUUUCCUCCCUCCUUUGCCAACACCUUGUUACCUUCAACUAACUCUACUACAAAUUCAACUUCCAUUAACUAUCAACGACAUCAACAACAACAGCAACAGCAAAACCUAUCUGAACAAAACCUAUCUGAACAUUUUGGCCUUGUGAAACAGCCUCUCAACUUUAACAACACUCCUAGUCUCGAGUCAUACCACCAUCCCAAGUACCUUCUGGGCAACUCUUCCGCCCUUGUCUCCAGACAACAGCAACAACCCUCCUUGGAAAUUCCGCCGAGUCUCAAAAUGGGGGUGUUUGAGGAACUGGGACUGAGACACGAUGCCCAUGUCAACACCGACCUCGGGUGUCUUCAUCAGAACAUACUUUCGUCAACAUCGGUUGGAGUGGGAGCAUUGUCGAGUGGAAACAACAACAACAAUAACUCGAGUAAUGCUAAUUCUUCAACGGAAUGGGCCCAGAGAACGGGCACCAUUACCAACAAUGAUUGCGAUCACGGGGGAGGAGGAGGAGGAGGAGGAGGAGGUGGAGCUCUCAAUGGCACUGCCAGCUACAGUGACAUUGCAGAGCGAGUCACCAAUGGCAAAGUACACUAUUCAGCUUCUUCAUCGGAUUUUCUUGGAGAGAAGGGACCAGACUUCACUGCAACUGCCAGAACCCAAGGUAUGGUGGAAUCCUGGAUUAAUUGUUCUUCUGAUUAA